GAGAGAGAGAGAGAGGGAAAACGCCGCGAGCAUCGAGGCGCUGGGUAGAUCGCAGAAGAUCGUGACAGGGACAGGAUACAGGAUACAAGGAUAUAUCAUUAUAAUGUGUUCUUUUUACACACGGAGAGCACUCACCCGUUUGCUGCAAGAUUAAGAGACAGAUUCUGGGGAGGACACGAAACGCUAGGACAGCAGUGACGUGCCGACACCGAAACCAACAUCCCCACAGGGCACGGCACACGGCCGUCUCGUGGACCUCAUAUAGCCGUAACGACACCGACACUACUGGAAGAAAAUAAUAUUCUGUGGUGCAUAAUAAUGAUAUAAUAAUAAGGAGAUUUUUUUUUUCAUGACCAGAAGUUAUUACUGUGCACAGUCCGACUGAAUAUUCAUCAUGAAUAUUGGGACCUUCUCACCAAAGAAAGGAACAUAGGAACAUGGUUUUGUGAAACACAGGAAGGAUUCUCACGAACAGUCAGGGCUCUUUGCAAAAGAAAGGAACAUGGUUUUGUGAAGGAUUAUAACAAACUUCUCUACUACAACAAUGGUUUUGUGAAGGAUUAUAACAAACUUCUCUACUACAACAAUGGUUUUGUGAAGGAUUACAACAAACUUCUCUACUACAACACAGACACUCGACAAAUAUGGAGCGAGUCCGAGCAUCCUUCAGCAGCAGCAGCAGCACCGGCAGCAUCGCCGGCCUCAACGCAACAGCAACCACAACCACCACUACGACAGCAGCGACAAACGUCAGCAGCGUUCAGGACGCCGGCGGUGGAAGCGGAGACAGUGGGAGCGGCAGUUCCACGCUGUUCUUCUGCCGCCUGUGUCAGUCCGUGUACCGCCAGCCCAAGAUCCUGCCGUGCCUGCAUAGCUUCUGCCGCCAGUGUCUGCUGGGCGCGGUGUCGCACUCUCCCUCCGCCGGCGGCACGCGCCUCACGUGUCCUGUGUGCGGCCACUCCGCGCCACUGCCGCCGGCGGGGAUCCCGGGUCUGCCGGACAACGGCCUGCUGGCCAGACUGUGCCACGAGUACGUCACCGAGGUCAAGAGCAACCUGGAGGCGCGCUCCCUGAGCCCGCGCGGCGGUUCGGCGGAAGCCGGCGGAGAAUUCAACGCGCUGAGGACGAGGCUGAGCGAGGAGUUGGCGCACCCGAAGUUCUCUCCGGGCAACAAGGACUCCUCAAGUCAGGCCGGCAGCGAAAGCGACAGGUCCAGACACUCCUCCUUCAACAGUACCAGCGGCGGCGUAGAGAGCGCGGGACAACAUGGCGACGUUUUCACGCCGGCGGCAACUGACAGCGGCCGUCACUCCUCCUCAGGGGGUGGGGGCGACACGGCCAGCGCUGUGCAGGCCAUUCGGAACAUGAGAUCGUCCCAGUUCCAGUUCUUCAUCAAGAGAAUGGAGCGUCAACUUAUCGCUCAGAUCGACGGCAAGGCGGCGGACGACGCGCUGUACGUACAGACGGACAAGAGCAAGACGGAGCUGCGCAAGAACCUGCGGAACGUCCUACACGAGGUGGGCGUGCUCAAGAGCGUGCAGGAGCUGGGCAAAGACGCGGAGAUCAACGCGCUGAGCCCUUAUUUGUUGGGCCCGUCGGUGGGGGUGAGCGAUGUGCACCUGACGACCUCACAUUACGACCUAGAUCUUCCCGCGAAGUCGAUCGAGGAGGCGGUCGCGGCGGGGUUCGGGGAGCUGCAGCUCUGCUCGGACGACGUGUCGGUGUUCACGCCGGAGAUUCUCGACUUCACGGACAUCCCUAUGGGGAAUAUGACGACGGCGGCGGCGGUGGUGGAGGGCGGUGGUUAUGGUGGUAACAGUAGAAGCAGCGGAACUUCGGUGUUUGGAAGUAGGGACGGAAGCGAUGUCUUCUUCUACAACGCCGCGCAAAGUUCACGCCAGCAGCUGCGUGAAAGUACCUCCGGCGGUGGCGAGGAGCGCGAUGGUGACGUGAUGGCGGACGACGAGGCGCCGGAUAGCUCCCAACAGGUCAGGCGCGGCUCCGACAGCAACAAGAGAGUCUCCCCGAGACGGAAGUUGGAUAGAAACUCGCGGAGACACAGAACAGACCUGGGCCUGGACUGCCCAGAGGUCAAGGAAUAUCUCCAGCAGUUCCAGACCGCGCGUGAAAACUUCCGAGACCGCCGGCGGGAAAUCCUACGCCAGGGUCAAAUCGCCCGGGAAGACGCGUCCCCGAUGAGAACCGACGUGCGGCGCAGACAGCGGUCUACCUCCAGGAGCCGCGUGCAGUCGCUAGACCGCCAGGGUUUACAGAAUCAGUCACGGCCAGCGCGCGCUCCGCUCAACGCCGCGCCCAGCAUCGACAGCGAGGAGGAGGAGGAGAGCGGCACCGCCGUGGGCGCGUCCAAUCCGCCGCCAGAACCCAAAAUCAAGUUCCAGUUCGGGGCCGGCGCCAGCCACCACGUCGUUCACGGCGUCCGCUCGGAAGAAGUCCACGUGCCUUCCCCAGUCAUCGAGGAGGCUUCCUACCCCAGCUCGCCAAGCAGAAAGGUUCAAUCCCCGCUGGCGCAACAACCAGGAGGGAAUCUCCACCACCAGAUGGAGGCACACCCAAGAGAGAGAAUCUCCUCCCCAGAAGAAGCGUCCGGUUCGGAAACCACCACGCCGAUACACGACGGUCACGGAUCCAGACUCGACUCCUCGUCGUCCUCGCAGCACCGUGCGGCAAGGCGGCAGUCGCCCAGCGGCAGCAUUUCGCCGACGGGCCGCCGCUACUCAUCCGAGUCCUCUCCGCCUCUCUCGCCACAAGAGUACAUGUCCAUCGACUACCGAGGUCGCAGUAUGAACAACAGCAGCAGCCGGCCGGUGAGGCGGGCCAUCAGCAGCGCAGCCGACAAACGGUCCAAGAUGGAAUUCCUGCGCGAGACGUGGCAGAGACGAAAAGAAAUCCUCAUUCAGAACGAAGGAUUCGUCAGCCCUGAGGCGGCCAAACAGCAGAGCACCGGAGCCACGCCGCCCCACAUGACGUCACAAGCCACGCCCAAUCCUGCACUGACGACAGCGACAAGAGGAGCCUCCUUAGAGUACAGCAGCACCACCACCACAACAAGCGACUCCUCUGACGUGUCUCCAGAAAAGGGCGUGGUGAGCUCCUCACCUCUGACCUCCCCGGACGACUUCAAGGUGGGGCGGAUGCAGCAGCUGCGGAACAAACUCUCCGGCCUCAAACAGCAGAUGAGCCGAACUGGAAACGGGAGAGGUAAAGGAGACAAGGACAGAGAACAGAGACUACAGCAAGGUUCAACCACAACCCAGCAAGAGGCCAUCAGUACCGGCGGCGUACCGAGUCGUCACGACAUGACGACAGAGUCACUGCGAGACUCUACUAGCACGUCAUCCACGACAGAAGUACAGACGGUUGAAGAGAUAGCCUACAACGACAACGACGACGACACGAUCAACGACAACCUGGACGACAGCUCGCCGGAGGAGACGACCCAAACCUUCACGGAGGUCAUCGAGAUCCCCCUCACCUCACACCCUCCCCGCGUCACCAGCUUCACACAGUCCCAGGUCGUCCCCAGAUCCCCACAACUCGCCACAACCCAACAACACAUCCAGUCCCAAUACCAAUCCGCCACCCAAACCCAACCCGUCACCCAAUCCCUGUACACUCAAUCCCGACACUUGACCCAAUCUGUCCCCAAUCCCCAACCCGCCGCGGCCCAGACAACCACAACUUCGCACACGCUCGCCUCCACUGAAGUCACCACCACCAACAACACCAACAACAACACCACCAACAACACCACCACCAACAACAUCACCAGCAGCACCACAGCCCCCCGCCCCCAGACCAUCUCCACCUCGACCAGCGCCACCACCACCACCACCAGCAGAUACACCACCCCGGCCACGACCACAACGGUCGGCAAGUACACCACCAGGAGUUACGUGAAACCCUCUGAAGAACCCCUGGACUUGGCCAAGAUGCUGGCAGCCAUGUACAGCGGUAACGAAAAAUCACUAAUCGGUUCCAAAACGACAUCUGAGGAGACUUCAUCCUCACAACCAGUCCCCCCAGCGCAAGACGCGAAACUAAAGGAUUCUACAGCUGCAAAAGAACAGCUAACAGCAACACAAGAACAUCCAACAGCACCCCAGAAACAGCAGACGACGACAGCACCGACGUUCACGGGCUACCAGAGACGGUACACCACGGGGCUGUACGGCAGCCAGGGAACAUCUGCUGCUCUCACCGGCACAACAACCACGACCGACUCGUCAUCUCAACAAGUCCCCGCACCAGAAGGGAAACCGAAGGAACCUGCCGUAGCAACGAGCACCGCGGAACAGUCAAAGGCGCCACCCACGUUCACCGGGUACCAGCGGCGCUACACCACAGGUCUUUACGGCAGUACCAACCAGUCACUUACAUCUUCCAAGCCUGACCCAGUUCCAACCAGCACCGGGCAAACAGAAACAAAGCUCACAGAAACGCAACAACAACAACAGCAACAACAACAACAGCAACAGCAACAAACCAAGCCCGCUUUCACAGGCUACCAGAGGCGUUUCACCACCAGCACCUUCCCAACCACAACCGCCCCUCCUCCCUCUACUACAACAACUACUACUACUUCUUCUACGUCACCGUCGUCUUCGUUAUCCUCAUCCAAGGCAAGCCUUCGAAGCCAGUUCUUCAGCUCUAUGUACCAGCCGCCGACAACAACAACAGCCGAUAGCGGCAGCGAUCUGCAAAACCAAGGAAGCGCAGCUACAGCAACCACAAACACCACCACGACCACAGUGCACACCACGAUGACGAACGUUCGCACAACCGGCACCGAGUCGCGGUACGGGGGCGCGUUCAGCACCAGAACAAGCGAGACGGCACCCGGAGGCGCGUUCAGUAGCAGAUCAUCCGGCAUGGAGCAAAACUCCACCACAUCGACGUCACGCGAGAUCAGCCUCCCAUCAGAGAUAUCAUCCGUCACAACCGAAAGAACAUCCUCCACGUCAUCCACACUCAGUGACGUCACAACCCGAUCACAAGUCCCGCAGGCAUCCGAGGUCCUCCCCGCCUCCCGCAAACCGCCGCCACUCCGUCUGGGCUCCAAGCACUCCUCCUUCCAGGACGACAGCCCUGAGAGCAGCCCUGGCUCCACCAGAAGGGUCAUCGACAGAGACGGACAGGGGUCACCCAGCUCCCCUCUGGCCUCGCCUAACACCCCGGCCAAGUCACGCAUGAGAGAAAUCGCCCGCAAGAAGAAAGAGAGGUGGAGGCAUCUGACCAUACACUGAGUCAGGAUAUGACGCGAGGAAAUGUUGGGGCAGACGAGAGCCGGAGCCGUACCUUCACACGAUCACCUGUCUACUGAUUACAGGGGUGGAUAUGAACUGAUUGGAUAUGUCUCAAGUGGACAUGAUACUUGCUUUGUUUGAGUAAAGAGAAGCACGUCGAAAUAAUAAAGGUCAUUUAGUACUCAGAAAAAGUUAGAAAGACAGAAACAACAGAAGGAAAGUAAAGAAGUAGGACCUACCAGUGGCGCCUUUCAACCACCCGCAACAUAACCGUAUAUGACCCAAAUGAACAUGAAACAACUGAGUUUGAGUUUGAGCAAAGAGAAGCACAUUGACACAACAAGGGUCAUAUAGUGCUGGGAAGAAACAAGACGGAUAGACAGAAACAGCAGAAAAAGAAGUAGGACCUACCACUGAAGUACUCCAACCACCUGCACGACACGACUGGCAAUGACACACAAUAUUUGUUGUUCGUUGGCACAAAAUACUUUUUCUUAUGCAUAGAAAUCAAUAAGCCGUCUAUUGGGAAAUGCCGAAAGAGUCAUAGGCUGAUAUAGAAUCUGCAUCUGAAGAUUGGGAGGGGGGGUUACGUUUUAGUGAGUUUUACGACACAUGCAAUAUUCAAUACAAAUAUGUUAUAUAUACGUGCCGAACGUCCGCGGAGUCACUAGAUGGUAAUAUACAAAGAAAGAAGGAGGAGAGAUAAGGACAAUAGACGUUUGAUAGAAAAUAAGGUGUAAGUAAACGUGCUAACCACCCAGGCAGAAGCACUAGCAUCUUGCUGAUUUAAAGUCAAUGAAUAAGAAAAUUUGUACGCGCAUGUAUAGUAUAUUUAGAGAUAAGAGCUCUCAUUAACGCGCCAAACUAGACAGGUUAAGGAACAUGGCCCAGGCUCCACUAAAUACGCCCCUCCCUCCACCCCCACCUCUCGUCACCCACCACUCCAUACCCUCAUCCCUACCCCUAGUCUUUCUUCCCAUCUCCUUCUUGCCCCCUUUUCUUCUUUUU